AUGGCUAUCCCCAACGCCUUCGCCUCCCCCCUCGCGGUCCGGUCGGCCGUCGGCGCGGCGCUGGCGGCCGCCAUCGCCGCUCGCGCGGUCCGCCGCCGCUCCCUGGACCCCUCGGGCGGGGCCGCCGGCUUCGUCGUCAUGGCGAUCCAUAUCGCCUGCGGCUACAGGUACGGGGCGCUGCUGCUGGCCUUCUUCUUCUCCUCGUCCAAGGUAACCAAGAUCGGGGAGGACCGCAAGCGCCGCGUCGAGGAGGACUUCAAGGAGGGCGGGCAGCGCAACUGGAUCCAAGUUCUAGCAAAUAGCACAAUUGCCACUGUACUGGUUGUGAUAUUUGCACUAUUGACUGGAGGGCAAGAUCAGUGCUUGGACUCAAAUGGUUCAAAGCUUAUAACUGGUAUUAUAGGUGGUAUCAUUGGCCACUACUGUUGCUGCAAUGGAGAUACUUGGUCCUCUGAAAUCGGUGUGCUUAGUAAUGAACAACCAAGGCUUAUUACAACCCUUAAGCCUGUCAGGAAGGGUACAAAUGGUGGAGUGACCUUACAAGGACUUCUUGCUGCCACAGGAGGAGGCCUUAUCAUUGGUCUCACUUUCGUUGUUGUUGGACUGUUGACUGCUGAAUGUUAUUCCGACAUGGCCCUCUGGCAGCUCCUAGUACUACCCAUCUCUGCUGCAGCUGGUUUGCUUGGGAGUCUAAUUGAUUCAUUGCUGGGAGCUACACUCCAAUUUAGUGGGUACUGCAGUGUUCGGAAGAAGGUGGUCAGCAAAAGGGGUCCCACGGUUACAAAGAUUUCUGGGAUGACUAUCCUAGACAACGAUGCUGUUAAUGCAGUAUCUGUUCUGCUAACAACUGUGCUUACAGCUUAUGUGUGCAUUUACAUCUUUUAG